AUGGUUUCUGGCGAUGAAUAUAAGUCGGAGAACAUAAACCUAAUGGUGUUAGAGCGUGAUAACAAGGAAUUGGAAAAUCAGAAAGCUAGCGAAGAUCCUCUAACAAAAGCCAUCGGUGCGAUAGGAAAAUGGCAAAUCUGGAUAUGCUGUGUAGUUUUCCUCGUCAAGUUUCCAGUGGCCUGGCAUCAAAUGAGCAUCAUAUUUCUGGCCCCACCCAUGAAUUUCACCUGUGCAAAUUCAGAACAUGACUUUGGGAGCGUAUGCUUAGCUGAAUAUAACAAUUGCACCGAUUUCGACUACGAUCGAAGCGUCUUUCAAGAGACGAUAAUCUCACAAUGGAAUCUCGUGUGCGACAGAGAAUGGUUGAAAAGCUUGACACAGACGGUCUUCAUGUCGGGCAUCCUUGUGGGAAACAUGGUUUUUGGUCAUCUUUCUGAUAGGUUCGGUAGACGGAAGCCAUUCUUGGCAGCGGUGUGUCUGCAGCUUGUUUCUGGAGUUAUAACGGCGUUCUCUGUCAAUUGGUACAUGUUCACCAUCCUCCGUUUCCUGCUCGCGGUUGCCACUGGCGGCACAAUGGUCGCCAGCUUCGUCUUGACCAUGGAGAUCAUCGGCGCCAAGUAUAGAGAAACCGUGGGAAUCCUGUAUCAGAUACCGUUCAACCUGGGGCACUUGACAUUGCCGCUGUUCGGAUACUUCUUGAGGGACUGGAACACCUUCCAGCUGGCGAUAUCCCUACCUUCGGUGUUGUUUUUAAGCUAUUACUUCCUGCUGCCCGAAUCACCGAGAUGGUUGUUAACGUCAGGCAAGGCGAAAGAAGCUACGGUUAUAAUGGAGGCGGCAGCCAAAAGGAACGGUUUGCCAACGGACAACAUAGCAGCUUCUACACAGAAGAUAGUGGCGGAGCUCAGCAGCGCCCAGCAAGAGCGGGCUUCGUUCCUGGCGCUUUUCCGGACGCCCAAACUGCGCGCGCGCACCGUCGCUAUUUGCUUCAACUGGUUCGUCUGCGGGUUGUGUUUCUUCGGCGUCUCGCAGUACAUCGGCCACGUGUCCGGCGACAUAUUCUCCAAUGUUGCCGUUUCGGCGGCGAUUCAGGUCCCCGGAACGCUUAUUUCCAUCUACUCCAACCGCGUUUUGGGCCGUAAAGUGACACUGAUCGGUUCCAACUGCGUUACCGGACUCAGCUGCUUGCUGAUCAUAGUUGUCCCCGACACGGGCGCCAGUCACCUGGCCCUCGGCUGCAUCGGCCUGUGGGGAAUGAGCAUAUCCUUCGCAACGGUCUACCUUUACGCCGGUGAACUAUUCCCAACGGUCGUCAGGAAUACGGGCGUCGGACUGGCAUCAACAGUAGCCAGGAUCGGUUCAAUGCUCGCACCGUUUGUGGCAACCCUAAAAGUGACGUACUUCUGGCUCCCCCCACUGGCAUUUGGCGCCGUACCCUUAAUCGGCGCCGCGCUUUGCCUAAUAUUACCCGACACACGCGGAAAGAAACUUCCGGACACAUUGGAUGAGGGAGAACUCACCAAUGUCGUAUUCAUUUUGCCGAGUGUCGAUUAUGUCUGUUUGGAUCCACAAGCCUUGAAUGCCACCAAUUACUGCCCUUGCGAAAACCCUGAAUAUGACACAAGCGGCAUUGCGAGCUCUGUCACCAGUACUUGGGACCUCAUUUGUGGCAGAACACAACUGGCUAGCUUAGCCCAAUCGAUGCUACAGAUCGGAAUACUUGCGGGGAGCCUAAUUUAUGGCUAUAUUUCAGAUAGAUACGGGCGUAGGAUUGCGUCGUGGCUAGCAUUAACCCUGAACGUUAUUUUUGUAGCCGUAUCAGCCGUCGUCCCAGAAUUCUGGAUGUUUCUCGUGUGUCGUUUUCUCAUUGGAACCGCCGUUGGAGGCACCAUGCUAUGCACCUACGUCUUAGUGAUAGAACUCAGCGGAAAGUCAUUCCGCCCAUACUUAACGGGAUUGUUUGAAAUUUCUUACAUCACUGGAUAUUUCGUGCAUCCUAUAAUAGCCUAUUAUGUGGUUAAUAACAAUGGGUCGAAAGAAAGAAGCUAUAUAUAUUUUAACCAAUAUCGCGAAAAGAAACAAUCGACCGGUGACAAACAU